AUGGUACCCUCCCUAUCUCUCCUCUCCCCUCCCACAGCCCACAUUAACCCUAUCCCAGAUGUCCAACCAAGAAGUGUAAACGAACGCCUAGCCGAACUCCGCCGCUCCGAUCUCAACCGUCACCGCAACUCACUCCCGGACUCAGCAGCCCCCACCAUCAUCCAGCCCACUGUUCCCCCUUCCAUCAGGCAGAUUUUGCAUCUGCCCGAGACCCCUCCCCCUCGGCCGCGCAGACCUGGGAGGACGGACCCUCGAACAGGGAGACGUCUCCCUCCUGGUCCGGCACCGCCGAGGAGUUGGUUGACGCCUGAGGGGAGAAUCAGAACUGCCCUGCCUAUUAGGCCGGCAGCUGAGACGAGCACAGCUGGUGCUACGGGGUUGAGGUGUGAGAAAGGGGAUGGGCUGGAGUUCAGGCACAAGGUGUUGCCGGACCUGAUGCUGCCGGGACGGGGCAGUCUGCUGGAUGUGGCGCUAAGGAAGUUUGCGCAAACGUGGGAGUGGCAGCGGGAGGUGUAUGGGGGGUUUUUGUGGGAACUGCCUACACAUUUGCGGGAGCUGAUGGUGUUCUAUUUGGGGGUUCAAAGAGCUGGCUUGGAAACUGACGAUUUGAGGGCUGUCCUUGUGCCUUCGGAAGAAAGAGUUUGGGAGGAUGAGGAUGACGAGGAGGAGAGGAGGGAGAUUCCACAGGCGGGAGUGCUGAACUCGGAGUUUAAGCGCCUUGACCUGUCUAGAAGUCUAGGAAAUUGUCUAAAGCUCCGCGAGCUGGAGGAGUUCCUCUUCCCCCCCAAACCCCCUCCCACAAAAUUCACCUCCCCAACCGACCAGCAGCAAGAGCCCGACUCAUGGGAAGACGCCCUCGACACGCCCAGCCAAACCCCCUCCCCAUCCGUCCCUCUCCCGGUCCUCCCAAACCUAACGCAUCUCUCCCUUGCCCUCUCUCCAACUAGCAGUUCCCCGGUCUCAUGGAGACAUCUGCUAUCAUUGGCGUCUCACCUCCCCCAACUAACCCACCUCUCCCUCGCCUUCUGGCCCGUCCCGACGCUCACGCCCUUAGCAGCCCAGCUUGGAGCAUCAGUUGUUAACACAGAAAGCGGAAUAGCAGUCCAAUACGGUGGGACAGGCUUCUACAGCCAUACACUAGACGACGACUGGUCUGAGGCUGUCCAUUUACUCCGGCGACUCAGCCAGUGCCUAUACGGCCUGGAAUGGCUCGAUCUAACAGGAUGUGGCGCGUGGUGGGAGGCGUUGUUUGUAAGGGUGGAGGUUGCCCCCGACGAGAUCGACGCUGCUCACCAAGGGGAUGGCGACGAAGGAGAGAGGGGCACAACGAUGGUAGAUUGGUGCGGGGCGUGGGGGAAGGUUGGGACGGUGGUGCUUGAUCCGGGAUGGAGGGUUGAGGAGGGGAAGGGGGAGUUGAGGAGAGCUGGGGAGAGGUCAAGGUUUGUGGAGUUGGUGAAUAAAGCAAAAAAAGUCGAGAAGCAUGUUAGGGGGGUGAGGAGGGGGCAGGGGAGAUGGUUUAGUGUGGAGUGUCCGGCGGUUGAGAGCUGA